CGCACUUACACGGGUAUUUUCUGAUGCGCAGCUCGACGGGGAACGUGCGAUCGGUGUGUCUUGUGCCUACAGGCCUCCUAAACAUGGAGGGGAAGGUCCUUCCGAAUGCGCACGCUUUUGCGGACCUGAACGACGACAGCGACAUCGAGCUCGUCGUUGGUUCCAUGGCCGGGAAGGUCGCCGUCUUCAAGGGCCUCUCGUCGCCGGAAGCAGUCUAUGGCUGCGAGCUUGAUGGCUGCAUCACUGCGAUCGUCGCACAUACGACGCGGACGCUCGGCUGCCGCCUCUUUGUCGCGACCGCUGAAGGCCGAUGUUUCGUCUUGCAAAAACGCGCAGACGCUGACGCACUCAUGCUCCUUGCACAGUUUGCAAUUCCACUAAACGUGAGCGCUGGUGCCGUGCUUCACGAUCGACUGUACCUCGGCACGCGCGACGCGACGAUUCAUCUCUUCAACAUUGAGCACGUCCAAAACAUCACUGAAGAAAAGAAGAUCCGCGUCCCCGGUGAAGUCGAGUCUAUGACGCGGCAGAAAAUAAAGUCCCAUGGGCAUACUGGCGCUUCGGACGCGCGACCACUUGUCGUGUGCUUGAACAACGGCGCUGUCUUUGAGCUCAAGCACUUGACAUCCAUGGUGCAGCUGCAGGCGCCGUGGCCGAGCGGCGGCCGGGCGUUUGCACUCACGCAGCUCAAGUCGCAGGGUGUGAACGCCCUCGAUGCGUUUGGCUGUCUCGACGGUGCCGUGGAGCUGCGCCAUGCUGAGACCAGCGACGUGCUCUGGUCUCUCCAGUUACCAGACGCGCUACUGAUGAUGGCAACAAUCACUCUCUUCGCGAAUGGUGAUGAAGAAAUCGCGCUUUGUUGCUGGAACGGCGACGUGUACCUCGUCAACAAAGAUGGCUCCCAGCUGCGGUUUACGAUCCCGUUUUCGAUCACUGCGUUCUUUUCAGGAGCGUUUGCGGUCGGUGGCGAAGACACACUCUUUUGCGCCACAACGUCGGGAGGCAUUUUGUACUACAGCGGCAUUGGCCAGUCGAUCCGCCAUAUUCGGCAUCACAGUGUGCUCGAAGCAAUCGAGAGAGCGGAUCUUCAGUCGACACUGGGCUCCAGCGAGAAGCGUCGUGCCCUUGUCGCAUCCCUCCAGAAGUUUCUGUUGCCAACGACGUCAAUCAAGGACGAUGCACCGACGCUUGCCGCUUGCUUGCGUGCGCUCGUCUACACCCCAAAUACGAUCUUAGCGGCACCCCCGCUAGCGGAUGAUACAUCAGGGCUCUUGCCACUCCCACCCGUCCUCGCACCUGAUACAACUGCGGAGGACGAUGAAGACGACGACGACGUGGCGCCGUUACCCAGCUCGCCGGUCGAAGCGUCGCUUUUGCUUCAUCAUGACGCAACGACGCCACCGGCACCACGCACAAAGAAAAGUCGGCGCAAACAGCAGCAAAAGCGGUAAUGCUACAUUCCGAUAAAGGCUAGAUUUCGAGAUUUUAAUGCAACACGGCGCUGCGCACUUGGUGGGCGACUUGUACAAGGUCUCCGACCGUCUUGGGUCCCCGAAGCAGCACUUGGCAC